UCUUGGACAAGAAUAUAACAUAACCUUUUUUGAUAACGUUUCAAAACAAUAAUUGAUGGCACGUUAAAUACACAAUAAAAGAAAAAAGUUUCAAAACAAUGUCUGCAGAAGAAAAUUUUGAACAGUUCGAGGAUGAAGAGGCAGAAAUUCCUAUCGGUGGGACUUUGCCUGGUGGAAGAAAACGUUUAUUUUCCAAGGAACUGCGUUGUAUGAUGUAUGGCUUUGGCGACGAUCAAAAUCCUUAUACAGAAAGCGUUGAUUUAUUGGAAGAUCUAGUUAUUGAAUUUAUAACAGAAAUGACACAUAGAGCGAUGGAAAUUGGACGUACUGGACGAGUUCAAGUGGAAGAUAUUGUGUUUUUAGUGAGAAAAGAUCCCAGGAAAUAUGCCAGAGUGAAAGAUCUUCUAACGAUGAAUGAAGAACUUAAAAAAGCAAGAAAGGCUUUUGAUGAGGUGAAAUAUGCAGGUACUGUCAAAGAUUGAUACAUACAAUUGUAAUGUUAUAUUCAUCGAAUGUGAAAUGUUUCUAAAUUUAUAUUAAUCUAUACUAAAAUAAUAUCUUUAAAUUAGCAUGGGUAAUUUGCAAGUAGUAUUUGUUCGAUAUAUACAAUUUGUUUGAUAUAUUUGGUAUAACGGAUCUGCAUAUAUAUGUCUUGAAAAAAUCAAAUAUUUUAGAUAUAUUUAUUGCUGGACAAUUAUUUAUUCACAUUGCUUUAU